AUGUGGGCAACAACGACGGCGGCGUUGGUGGCUUUAGUUCCUGGGCUUAUUACGGUGGGACUAUCGUGUUCUUAUAUUAAUGAGCUCUGCAGGAGGUUCCAUAUACCAGAUCCUAGUAGUCUUAUUUGGGUACAUGCGGUAGACUCUAGAGCUGAACUUGAGGAUGCUCCUGCUGAUGCUAUGUUCUACGAGUCGGACGCCGGUGCUUUAUCGGAUGAUGGACGGGUGGUCAUGUGUCAUUAUCCAACGCAGACCACGAGUGAUCUCUAUCUGGACGAGCUCUUGUCUGAGGUAGAAGAACGAGGAGUUGGUCUUAAGAUCGAUAUCAAGCUGGAGGAGUUGGUCGGACCUGUUGGGGAGCUCUUGUCAAGGGGCGAGGUGGACGUACCAGUGUGGUGGAAUGCUGAUGUGUUCGGUGAUAGAAAGCUGCCGCUUAGAGCACUGGCUGAGGUUGCUGAUGAGAAUACUGUGUUGAGCCUGGGGUACAUCGGAGUUCGCUUUGGAGAGAUCGAGAAGAAAGACAUAAUCGCGCAGUUGACAGAAUCGGGCCUUGUUUCUGCCUCUUCUGGGGAGGUUACUUGUCGACAUAUCACAUUCGCAUUCUCAGCGCGGUUGGCUCUAACGUGCAUCCCUGAGCUUGUGAAGUUACUUGACGCUUUACCGACUACUUCUUUGACUCUGUGGACGGGGGCGAAUGACAUGACGGGCUUGAGCAAAGCUGAGGAAAUGCAGUUGCGACAGGGCUUGCCUAUGGAACGAGUUUUUCUUGAUAUCAAGCGCCAGACUUGGCUAGGGUGGUUCGCCUCCUGGCUGCAGUGGGCGUGA